AAAAAUAAACAUCAAAAAUUUAUCAGCGCGUGAACAUUUGAAUAUACAAAGAGUAUAAAGUACAAUUAAAAGAACGUUUUUUAACAAGAACUGAAUAGUACAUCUACAUUAUUCUUUUAUAGUUUAAAAACAUUUGUCAUAGUGCUACUAAAAUAGUUCUUUACAAAAAAUGGAUAUAUUGUAAUGUAAAAUAAUUUCAUGGUUUCCAUCUGAAAUUCUAAAUCGAAAAAGAGACAGUAUAUAUGGUAUAUUUGCAGAAUUUAAGGAAACAGUAAUUUCAAACUAUCAUCAAAAAAAUGAAAAUGUCAAGUUUACAUUCCUACCAAUAUUCAUCAAAUUUUCAAUUUCUUUCCGUUUGUCAGUACAUAACAACACUUGGUAUUUAUUUCUACAAUAAAAAUCUCAUUCCCCUUGAGAAAGAAAAUCAAACAAUUACAAUUAUCAAUACAUUCUUUAAGUAUAUUGACCAGUCAGAAAAUGAAUCUGUAACAAAACAUGAACUCCUUCGAAUUUUAUUAAGAGGAACGGAUCUCUACGGUGGUGGCGAAAAUGAAAUACUUGACAUGAAAUAUGUGAAUGAAACUUAUCAGCGAAUCAUUAGUUUAAUUCUAUUUUCUCACUAUGGAGACAUUCACAACUAUUUGGCCGCUAUAAUAAGUCGAGCGGAUAACGUAACCUAUUAUUCACUCAAGGAAACAAUUUUCGAACAUCUUUCGAAAAAUUACACAUAUAAAAAUUAUUGUUCAUCGGAUUUUGUGAAGGAUCAUUUAACCGAAUUAUCAAUUAAAAAAAUAUUCUACGAUUAUAUUUGGCCUAUUUUUCCCCAACCACAACAAGACAUAAGUAUAAUGGACGUUAAUUAUUUAUACGCAAUGAUUGGUUUAAAAGUAGUUCGUUCAAUAACUGUCAAUGUGAAUCAUUUUUCAUUCGACACCUAUGUAACAAUUGUACGUGAAAUGAUUUUUAAUUCAAUAGAAAUAAAUGAAACAAAUUUAAUUCAAGACUUAUUCUAUGCACCGGCACUAUUUUUCUAUGCCUAUAAAGAAAAAGAGACAUUUAAUUAUCAAAUGAUAGAUGAUACAUUAUUAAAAGAAAUUUAUCAUACAUUUUUCCUUCACAUUAAUAAUUCAGUAUUAAAAGUAAUUGAUGAUAAUUUCAAACAGACAUUGUAUAGCAAAUUAGAGAAUGAAAUGAAGAAAUUGAACAGUCGUACAUAUAUCGCUUUUGAAUUACUACUUAAAAAUUGUCGAUAUCGUAAUUUUGGUGAAAUUUCAAUGAUACACGUUGCAAUCUAUAAGACUUGCUAUCAUUGGUUAACGAAAUUAAUAUUUUUUAAUAAGUGCGAUAAUCUACCGGAAUUGGAAGAAGUUUAUCGUCAACAAUUCCAUGAGGCUGGGAAUGUUUAUAAUCAGAUUGAAAAGUUAUCAUUGGAACGUAUUUUAAUAAAUUCGAAACUUAUGGAUGUGAUGAAUUCAGAGGAUGUUGUUGUUAAAUUAGCACGUCCUGCUGAUUAUCCACAACGUUGUAAUUUGUGUUCUAGAGUAGCGCAAAAAAUGAACGAGGAUAUUUAUUUACUGUUUGCUGUCAUCAAAAAUGAUUUGACGGAAUUUUAUGCAUUGAAGCAGGAGAAUAGUUCUUUAGUUCUACUUAAACGAUCACUGGAGGAAAGAAAAUUUUAUCUACAAUUGGGUGUUAACAGUGCACUGAAAGUUGAAACGGCACAAUUUUUUGAUGUGCUGAAAAGAAAGAAUGAGGGUGCAAGUGCAUUUGUUGAACGAGUCGCCGAAAUGAAGACAAAAAGAUUUUUACGGGAGAUCUAUAAUCAUUACCAUAAGCCAACGGGUGUGGAGAAAUUUUUCAAUUUUCUCAAAAUGUUGAUACCGUUUUACAGCUGUGUGGAAAGUAUUCAACAUGGUGAGACUGGAAAUGCCGUUUGGAGUUGUUCCCUAGAUGUUAUAAGUCUCAUACCAUUGGGAACAUUUGCUGGCAAGUAUGUAACGAUAUUUAAGAAUUCGAUAAUUACCGAAUUGAGUGAACUACAAAUCGUGUCGAAAGCACUGUCAAAACUUCGGGCCAGUAACAGUUUACCAGAAGCUUUUGCCAUACUUUCAAGAUCCGUCAUGAAAACCUUAAUUAAUGAAAUAUUCACCAACAGUUUUAUAAAGGACUUUACUCUAGCGAUUUUAAAAUCAGUGGAUCCAGGUUUUGAACUAACGUACCAAUUCACAAGGUUCAGUUUACAAAUGUUGACCAAAGCUAUCCUGAAAUUCCGUAAUACUCCUAGGCGAGCUGUCGAAAUAGCAAAUUUACAUGAACAAUUAGACGAAUUAUUGGAAACACUACAGAGGAAUUUGAAAACACCGAAUCCUGAUGAUACCGGCUUGGUACCGCGAAUUAUAGAAAGGGAGGAAGUCUACCAGGUUUUAUUGUACUUUUAUCCCGGGGGCAGCUAUUUCUUCGGACCAACUUGCAUCAGAUCUUUUGGUAGAGUCGCCGAAUUGAGGACCAUCGAGGGGCGUUUGGAACAAAUUCCCGUAGUACCCCAAAAAACCAGUGAGGGACUCCGUUACCGAAAGUACAUUCCCGAAAGUGGUCAAAUCACCGAUGAGGAAUUUCGAGUCCAAAGCAAUGGUUUACUGCAAGACGACAACGAAUACGUGAUGCUUAGUCCACUCGAAACUUCAGAAUCUCGCCCACUUCAGAAAUCGAUAACAAAUCUACUAAUCGAGCAAGAAUGGAGAACAGUUGAAAACACAGGACCAUUAGACACUAUUCCAUUUAGGAACCGGGACAAUGCUGCAAAUUACUUUACUAACGAACAGGAGAACGUAUUAAUUCCCAACAGAUUUAAUUAUUUCAGUUCCGUGACACCAAUUUCCUUUCAAGCACCAUCAUCCGUAUUGAGGGUCGACUACUUGUCGAAAAUCGGUCCCGAAAGAUACGACUUCUACGUACAAUUGCUAACCGAAUUCCGUGACUACGGUCUCCCUACAAUACGACUAAAAAAACAAUUAUUCAGAGAACUCCAACUCGCUUGUGACGAUAUCGCCCACGUCCAACUAUCCGAAGUACCCCUAAAAUCAACAAUCGAUCUCUGGCACAUGGAAAUAAUCAGCGAACGUCACAUUAUCCGAUACUUAAAAAAACUCCAAGGAAAACAAUUCUACUUCAAUGAUAUCCAACUCGUAACCAGUGACAUAAUCGGUUCCGUUAAACCAAAACCCCGAACACUUUCAUUUGACACAAUUGUCUACUAUCGUCUAAAAGUUGAUCAACAGUACGGAAUUAUUGAUCUCAAUAAUUUUAAUGACAACUUCCGUAAUCUUUACGUCAUCUAUCCGGAUGUGCAAUUCACAGUUACUAACAUCAUCUACCCCGAAACUAAGAACGUUAUAAUUUUAGAAAUGGACAAAAAUCCUCUCACCAUGGAAACUUGGAGAAGAAUUCAAAUGAAGGAAUUGAAAAAGCUAAUGCGCUUGGAUUUCACCCAGACGAAUCGUCUUAAAGCAAUCGAUGAUGCAGCGGAAUUAUUAUCAUCAAACACCCCACUUUGUAAGCUCUCUAUAGUAAAGUAUAAAUUCCAGGAUUAUAUUCUAAAAUUACAAGCGAGUACGAGUCCGGUGCCUACGUACGAGAAACUAGUCACGGACAUACACGAGAAUCUGAUUAUUCCUGAAAUUUAUCAGAAGUACAAAAUUAAUCGAGGUCCCCACAUUGAUGAUAUACUGUUCCAAACAAAAUUGGAAAAAAUUUCUCAUGGUGAUGAUGCUAUAAUGAAAAUUAAAAAUCUAUUCCAGGGAAUCUAUAAACAAAAUGUUUUAUCCGUCUUCCAUUAUUAUAAUACAUUAGCAAAUAUUCGUAAUACGAUACGGUUUGAAGACUACUAUAUUUUGUAUUCCUUUCUAGAGAAGAGUUUAAUAGUUGAUAAAUUUACCGAAAGGCGAUUAUUAGCAUCAACUUACAGAUUGGCUCUAAGACAAUGUGAUGGCGAAUCAAUUGGAAAUGCAAUAAAACUUUAUCGUCUUCGUAGUUUUACAGAUGAUAAUUACAUGAUUGUUCAGUCAUUCAAAAAGGGAAAAAUACUACAGUAUGGUAGAGUUAAAGAAUUCUCAUCGAAUCUAAACAAUGAGAGGGAGAGUUUUUUAACUAAUUCAAAAAUUAAAGUAAAUAAUCCGGUAUUGUAUCAAUUGGAACUUAAAAAUCAAGCGGGAAUUGCGAAUAUCGAUGAGAUUAUAAGUAGAAAUUUAUAUCUUGUUCCGCCAACUUCGCGAUUUAUUGUCGAUAAGGUUGGUGUGGAUGUUAUUGAUGGUAGGGAUGUUCUGGUUGUUAAAAUGCAUGAUGAGGAAGUACCAACCGAGGAAAGAAUGGUAAACAUUGUAGAGAGUUUGAAUACAAUAUUUGAAUCGUCGAAUGUUAAAUUAUAUGUCGACUAGAUAAAAAAAACAAUUGACAUUAGUGGAAAUUUUGUUAAAGAUAAAGUAAUCCCUUACAAUGAAUUUUUAGAAAGGCAUUUUAGGAAACUAUUUUCAGGGAAAAAAUGGUAAAAAGCUUUUCUAUUUUUAGAGAAAAAAAAUUGAGACAGGGUGACAUUUUCCUUUACUUGUAAAAUUAGGUAAAAAUGUAUUUAUUAUUUGUGUUAUGUAAUAUGUUAUUAAAGGAAUAAAUAUUGUUAUUAAAUAAGAUGACCUUGUUAAGAUUCCUUUUACCAAA